CUGCUGUUGGGUCGGUUGUUUUGGUCGGUCAGUCAUCGCCAUUUUAUUCGCAACAUGUCGCGCGGUCGGGACUACGGUACUAAGGUGUACAUUGGUGAUUUGCCCAGAGAGGCUUCAGACCGCGAGAUUGAACGCAUCUUCCGUGACUACGGACGCCUCAAAAACGUAUGGGUUGCAAGAAAUCCUCCAGGUUUUGCGUUUGUUGAGUUUGAAGACUUGGCAGAUGCACAGGAAGCCGUUCGUGAGUUGGAUGGAACCGUCAUGUGUGGCGUGAGAGCGCGCGUGGAACUUAGCAGUGGGAAAUCUCGUCAGAAACCGUGGCUUCGAGGUGGCGUUCGGGAUGGUGGUGGACGGGAUUUCGGUGGUAGGCGAGGUCGGCCGUUCGAUCCCUCUGAUCGAUGUUACGAGUGCGGAGAACGAGGUCAUUAUGCCUACGACUGCCGAAGGCGCAAUGGAGGUGGUGGGCCCGCUUUUGGGCGCCCGGAUAACCGUCGCAGACGGUCGAGGUAA